GCUUUCGAAAGUAAACCAUCGGGGAAGUUUAGAAAGGAGCAGGAUCUGUGUUUGGACACUCUUGGACAUCCAUCCAGCUUAGUGAGACCCAGCGGACACGGAACCGUUUUGUGGGCCUGCAUGUUGGACUGGACACUGAACCGAACCGGCUGCUAAUAUCUGGGCUAACGUGUAAGAGAAAGGACCUGUCGACAGCUCACACAGACCGAGUCUGUCAGCAUGGAAAAUAAAUACAACUUGAAGAGUCCAGCGGUAAAGAGGCUGAUGAAGGAGGCUGCAGAAUUGAGGGAUCCCACAGAGCACUACCAUGCCCAGCCUCUAGAAGAUAACCUGUUUGAAUGGCACUUCUCUGUACGUGGGCCCCCAGAUUCUGAUUUUGAUGGUGGGGUUUACCAUGGCAGGAUUGUACUGCCCCCAGAAUACCCCAUGAAGCCCCCCAGCAUCAUUCUGCUCACACCAAAUGGGAGAUUUGAAGUAGGGAAGAAGAUUUGUUUGAGCAUCUCUGGCCACCAUCCUGAGACCUGGCAGCCAUCUUGGAGUAUUCGAACUGCCCUAAUAGCUAUAAUAGGAUUCAUGCCAACAAAAGGAGAGGGUGCAAUCGGAUCUCUGGAUUAUACCCCAGAAGAAAGAAGGGCUCUUGCCAAAAAAUCCCAGGAUUUUUGUUGUGAAACUUGUGACUCUUCCAUGCGCUCCGCCCUCCUGCCUCUGACGCCCAACAGUGACCUCAGCGCUGAAGAUCACAUGGCUAAAGAACUAGCUCAACAAAUCAAUUUCAAGGCUGAAUCCAGCUUAUCCACACAGGCCAGUACAAGUGGAGGUUCUUUGUUGCUCACCCAAAGCGACACUUCCACAUCCAUUGCCCAGGACAUUGCUGAAAGACCCCCAGCUGAACAG